GUUUGAUCAAAUCUAUAACAGAACUGACAGUACUGUUCUAAAGAUGAAUAAAGUCUUGCUCCUUGCUUUCCUUGUUUUCUUGAUUAAAACCAGCUACUGUGCUCGCACUGGUGAUGAUACAGUAGAUGAAAGGGAAGAUGCAGAAGAUAGCUUCCAAGAAACUGAUGAUCUAAAGUCAGAGUUAACUGAUACAGAAGUAGCAGAGACAAAAGUUAAAGAUCAGGCUAAAAUUGGUCUUACUCUUACACCAGAUAAAGAGAUUGUCCUAACAAUCUCGCCAGGUGAUAAAGGCAAGAAAGGAAAUGGUGUUGUUUACACUCGUUGGGGAAAGACAACUUGCAGAGAGGGAGCAGAAUUAGUCUAUGCUGGAUAUGCUGGAGGCAGUGGACAUGAUGAGCAUGGAGGAGGAGCAAACAUUGUGUGUAUGCCAACCACUGGUGUGGGACAUCUCAGCACUCAAAAUCCUGGACACCAUACUUUCAUGUAUGGAUCAGAGUAUCAAUCACACAACAAGAUCUGGAGUAACCACGACUGGAAUGUCCCUUGUGCUGUGUGUUAUGUUCCUGACAAAUCCACUAAACUGCAGUUGCCUGGUAGGAUCACCUGUCCAGAUUCAUGGACCCAAGAGUACAGAGGUUACUUAAUGGCAGAAAGCAGAGGACACCGAAGAAAUCAAGUCUUUGAAUGCAUCGAUGAAGCUGGAGAGAAGAUUCCUGGCAGCAAUAGGGAUACAAAUGGUGCACUGCUGUACUUUGUGAUGCCCAAGUGUGACAGGGGAAUCCCUUGUGGUCCUUAUAAUGCCAAUAUUGCUAUAACCUGCUCCAUUUGCACUCGCUAAGAGUUUCUAAUAUGGACUGAGGAUACCGGACUUUAAUAAAUUAAGACUUUUGAUGUGUGUGUCUGCUGUAGUUAGUAUAAUUGUUUUGGUUUAUAAGGAAUUUUGAAUCUAUUGAUUUUAAAUUAUUUAAUUUUUGGUCUGAGUUGGACAAUUUAGCAAGA